AAUGGUAAUAAUACAAUAUGAGAAAUGGAAUUUAGUUGAACCUGAUGCUAAGAAAAUUAUGAUGCCUUUUGGUAUUAUGAUAUUUGCUUAUGACAUCAAUGGAGUUUUGAAAGAAAUAAGAGUUGAAAUUGAAGAUACAAUUUCAUUUAAGAAAUGUGUUUUGAUUGCUAUGAUAUUAGAAACUAUACUCUACCUAUUCUUUGGAAUUACAAGCUCAUUAUUGUUUUAAUCAAACACUGAUUAAUCAAUUAUUACUAAUUUUCAAGAAGAAUAUAAAGGAAAUUAUUCAAUAAAAGUCACUCUUUCAAUAUUAAUGAUUUCAUAUGUCUCUAUCUUGAUUAUCAAUACUUUAAUGGUUAAUAAGCCAGUCUAUCUUUUAGUAAAUUUAAGUCCAGAUAAAAUCAAGAAAUUCACUUUAAAAAUGAUCUAUGUACUCUGUUAAAUGGUAUUAUUAAUCUGAUUAUUAUUUAGUUAACUGCAUUCUUGUAUCCUAACUUUGCUAUAGUUCUAUCUAUAGUUUGAUGUAUUUGUUGUGUAUAACUUGGAUACAUAAUACCAUAUGGUAUGACUUUUCAUUAUGCAUUAAAACCAAUAUAUUAGAUCAUAAAUACAAUUGUUUUAUUAGUUGGAAUUGUAGGUGGC